AUGGUCGAAUUAACUGAAAUCAAAGACGAUGUCGUCCAAGUAGACGAACCACAAUUAUCCGGAAAUCAGGCCAUUGUUGAAGAAAAGGCAUCCGCAACAAACAACGAUGUUAUGGAUGAUGAAGAUGAUUCUGAUAGUGAUUUUGAAGAUGAAUUUGAUGAAAAUGAAACAUUUUUGGAUAGAAUCGUUGCUUUGAAAGAUAUUGUCUCCCCAGGUAAGAGACAAACAAUUUCAAAUUUUUUUGGCUUUACGAGCUCUUUUGUGAAAAAUGCCUUCACCAAGUCUGGAAACCUUGCUUGGACUUUGACUACCACCGCUUUGUUACUCGGUGUGCCACUAUCUUUGUCCAUACUUGCUGAACAACAGCUAAUUGAAAUGGAAAAGACAUUUGAUUUACAAAGUGAUGCUAAUAACAUAUUGGCUCAAGGCGAAAAAGAAGCUUCAGCCACGGCCAAUUAA